GAAGGCCGGGCUUUCGACACCUCUCCUUCCUCUUCAGCGUUCUUUACGCGUUUGCGAAUUUUCCACGUCGUCGCGUCAACACAUCAUCCCCACCCCACCCCCCACCUCCCCUCUCCUACUUCCUCCCGUUUCCCUCCCCGAUAUUUCCCCAUCUUCCACUCUCCCACCCAUCCCCUUGAAGAAUUCAAGGUCGAGGCGAAAGAAGAAGACUCCAAAAACCCGAAUUCCGGCUCUUGGCGUGGAGAAGACGAGCGAAGUUUCGGCUUUUGAGAUCCCGAGAUCGUCCGACGACGGUGGCAAUGCUGCGUUCGUGCUUCCGGCCGCUGGAGCGGUGCUUUGGGAGGCUCGGCGGCGGGGAUGGGCUCUUGUGGCACCUGGACCUCAAGCCCCACGCCACUGGCGACUUCUCCAUCGCCGUCGUCCAGGCAAACAACUCCCUCGAGGACCAGGGCCAGGUGUUCACCUCCCCAUCCGCUACCUAUGUGGGCGUCUACGAUGGCCAUGGCGGCCCCGAGGCCUCCCGUUUCGUCAGCAGCCACCUCUUCCCCUACCUCCACAAGUUCGCGAUGGAGCAAGGGGGAAUGUCGGCGGACGUGAUAAAGAAGGCGUUCCACGCGACGGAGGAGGAAUUCUUGCAUCUGGUGAAGCGGUCGUGGGUGUCGCGGCCCCAGAUCGCGUCGGUGGGGUCGUGCUGCCUCGUGGGGGCGAUCACGGACGACACGAUCUACGUGGCGAACCUGGGAGACUCCCGCGCGGUGCUCGGCCGCCGGAGCACCGACAGGAGGGCCGUGGUGGCGGAGAGGCUGUCCACCGACCACAACGUCGCCGUGGAGGAGGUCAGGAAGGAGCUCGCUGCGCUCCACCCGGACGACUCCCACAUCGUGGUACAUAACCGAGGAGUCUGGCGGAUUAAGGGGAUCAUUCAGGUAUCAAGGUCUAUCGGAGACGUCUACCUGAAGAAGCCUGAGUUCAGUUGCGAGCCAGCAUUCCAGCAGUCUUUUUUUCCUGUUCCAUUGAAGCGAGCGGUUAUCACUGCAGAGCCGUCGAUCCGGACUCAUAAGCUCAAACCAAAUGACUUGUUUUUGAUAUUUGCAUCAGAUGGGCUGUGGGAGCAAUUAAGUGAUGAAGCUGCAGUUGAGAUAGUCUUCAAGAACCCAAGAGCAGGAAUAGCAAAGAGAUUAGUGAGAGCUGCCCUUGAUGAGGCCGCAAAAAAAAGGGAAAUGAGAUAUAAUGAUAUAAAACAGAUCGAGAAGGGAAUAAGGCGCCAUUUUCAUGAUGACAUCACUGUUAUAGUGAUCUAUCUUGAUCACCAGCGGCAAGGAGGUCAGUAUAGAUUUAAUGGGAGCACUUACAACUGCACUAGUGCACCUGUUGACAUAUACUCUCUAAACUCGGAUGAAUCAGAAGACCCUCUUCGGCCUGUUCGUUCAGAGUUUGAUGUCCAUGAUUCAUACAUACAUAAUUUUAGGAAAUGAAAUGAGUUGGCGUUGCGUGUCACUUGGCCUUAUAGCUGACUUGACAAAAGUGGUGGAUAGGAGUUUCGAAUAAGAAUUUGGGAUAUGGUGUACAUAAUGAAAUUGAGUUUGUUGACAUGGUUUCUUUUUUUUUUUUUUUUUUUUUUUUUUGCCAUCAUUUUUCUGCUGAAGUUGUAGAAAGAGUUAUGCCGUGGAACAUGGUUGGUUAUUGGAAGUUGUUAGUUGUCAUCAUCUGCCAUGGAGCACUUUAGGACUUCUGAUGCAGUUCAAUAUAAGCUCAACCAAGAUAUGCCAUACCGUAUUGAAUUGGACAAUACGGGACAUAUACCGUAUUGAUUCGGUACCGGCAUAUGAUACAGGAGCGUACUCGGAAUGCUAACCAGACUGUACUAAAUAUACCUUAUUACAAUGAUAGGGUGGGAUCUGGUACUGUGACAGUAUACUUUGAGCUCAACCAACCCAGCUCUAGUAUUUCUUUUGCUGUUAGCCUUAGUUUUCACCAUCAAUGUGGUAUUGCCUCUGCAGGUGGUCCCUUGUACAUCGAUGCUCUUGUUGUCCAUUGUUACCAUGAAUUACCAUAAUGAUCAGAGAUGGAGCCAAGCUUUUCAACUA